AUGGCAACCUUCUUCACCGACCUCAUCUCCUCCAUCUUCACACCUGGCCCAACCCCAUCUAUAAUAGUUGCAACCAACGCCUCCUUCGCGGCCCUCCAAGUCGUGUUCCUCGUCCUCCUCAUCCUCACAUACAGCGUCCACUUCGUUGUCCUCUCGUUUCUAUGCGCCGGACUGUGGUGGGCAAUCAACUGGUUCGUUACAGAGCUAGAAGCUGCAAACAAACAAGAGAGAGACAUGAAGCAAUCGAGGGAGAUGAAAAGAGGGCAGGGGCAGGAGGGGAUGGGAGUGGAGGAUAGUGGGACCGAGACGGAAGGUGGGGGUACUCAGAGCGAGGGGGGAGUCUCGGGCAGCAUGUCAGAGAGGAAGACAGAAAGACUCUUGAGACCGGAGGAUGCACAAGGUGUUCUGCGCAAGCGAAUGAGUUCAGGGGAGGCCUCGUCUGGAGAUCUGAGUACGGAUUCUGACUGGGACAAGGUUUCGGAGGCAGAGGAAGUGGAUAGGUAG